AUGGCACCAAAAUCACCCAUCUUCAUUGCAAUCAUCGGCGUGGGCGGUGUUGGAAAGGCUUUCCUUGCCCAACUCGAUGCUCUCCGUACUCGUCUGGCUCCCUCUGGCACCGACAUCCGCCUCAUCUACGCUCGUCGCUCCACAAAGCACCUCACAUCGCCCAAAUGGACGCAUCUUCCCAUCUCCUCCCUCCUCUCCACCCUCGACAAAGAGGGCACACCUCCACCGCCGUUCAACGAGACCUUUGGACAACUGGCUUCAGCUCCAGGAAAGKUUGUGCUGGUAGACAACACCUCAUCCCUGGACAUUGCCUCUCUCUACCCAAUGGUCUUGCAAAGAGGAAUUAGCGUCAUCACACCCAACAAGAAAGGCUUCAGCGAUUCCUUCGCACUAUGGGAACAGAUUUACAACGCUGCAGCCAAUGGCUCCGGUGCAGCAGGGAAUGGAGUGGUGUUCCACGAGUCAUCCGUGGGAGCGGGUCUACCGGUUCUCUCUACAUUGAAAGAGCUUGUGGAGACUGGCGACAAAGUGACAAAGAUUGAAGGUGUCUUCAGCGGGACGAUGUCUUUCUUGUUCAACUCAUUUCAGCCUGUGGCUGGUGGUGGAGGAAGCUUCGCUGCCGAGGUAAAGAAAGCCAAAGAAGCCGGAUACACAGAGCCAGACGCGAGAGACGAUCUGAACGGACUGGAUGUGGCGAGAAAGUUGACCAUCUUAGCAAGAUUGGCGGGUCUCCCAAUUGAGAGCCCGACUGCAUUCCCAGUACAGAGCCUCAUCCCGGCUGAGUUAGAGAGCUGUCAGUCUGGGGACGAAUUCUUGGAGAAGCUGCCACAGUAUGAUUCGAAGAUGGAAGAUUUGAAAAACGCAGCUGAGAAGGAAGGGAAAGUCGUGAGAUUCGUGGGAAGCAUUGAUGUUGGCAGCAAGGCCGUCAAGGUCGGUUUGGAGAAAUUCGACAAGAGCCAUCCGAUUGCCGCGCUGAAGGGAAGUGAUAACAUCAUCAACUUCUACACUGAGAGGUAUGGCGCCAAUCCGCUGAUCAUUCAGGGCGCUGGUGCUGGAGGAGAUGUAACUGCGAUGGGUGUUACUGGCGAUCUGCUGAAGGUCAUUCGGUUGGUACAGUGA